UUUUAGCUGAACACUUUUGUAAAUCUCUCAUCCGUAUAUAAAAUUAAUGAAUUACCUACUUUCUGUCAUACUACAUUAUUGUAUCGCUCUUUUUAUUUAUGUGAAAUAAAAAUUCUUUACCGGACAUUCUGACAUAUGAUAUUCAUAUUCUAACAUCUUACAAAUAAAUUAUUGCAGCAAUUAUUUCAAUAUGAACUAAUGAUAAGAAGAUCGAUUUCUAGUGAAAAUGAAUGAAGCUAAAGUACCAGAUAGCAAGGCUGAUUGGCAGGCCAUAGAUAUAUAUUUAUUUUCAAAUGGACAACAAUACACUCCUCCGAGGAAAUACCACCUGCAAACUGAAGAGCUAACUUGGUGGGAAUCUACUCUGAACUACUUAGCUCGAUCACAGUUCGGAUACAUGCACUCAUCUAUAAACUUGUACACAGUGGAUGGAAAACGGCUAGAAGGACCUCUGGAGCUCAGCGAUGGUAUUGCGUAUGUAGCUGUGGAGACCAACGAUACAUUUAUACCAGCUGGUUAUGACCUUUACCUUAUGAAGGCAUCCAGGUCAUGGGAAAAACGACAAGCAAAAAAUUUAAGUAAUAAUGAAGUGAGGAAUCCAGAUGAAAUUCAAAUGAUACAUAAUAGAUUGAAAUCAGAUAUUAAGGUGCGGUUAGAUAAAUUAAAAUCUAACCUGAGACCAACGGCAGAAACUUUAAAUAUACAUUCAAUUGACGAAACUGAAGCCGUAAAAACUCUAAUUUCACCUGCACACACUCAUGGUGAAAGAUCUAGCAUUGCAUCAUCAAAACGAAGGCUUCCUUUAUCCCAACGCAAUACUAUUGCAAGAAAAAUUAAUACUACACCUUUAACGUCACCAGCAGCAAGUAGAAAAUCAUCAUUGAAAAAAAGAGAAUUUUCAGCUAAACUUUAUAAAGUUGCUUCGAAAAAUGAAAAAAGCCCUACUGGUUCUAUCAAUAACCAUCAACAACCUACAACAAAAUCUAAUAAGAUCAUUGCAAAAAAUGUAUGUAAAGGUAAACAAACAAUGCCAACAACGUUUACAGCGUCAUCCAAAAUUAAAGACCCCGUUGAAACGAAAUUAUCUUCUUCUACUAAACCUCAAUCUAACGAGAAGGGCCACACUAUAAAUAAAACAGAAGUUGACAAUAUAAUCAAUGAUAAAGAAAUUACAAUGGUUUCUAACAUAAACAUAAGUGUUGAUAGCAAAACGGACUCAAUUUUAGUAGAUUCUGAACUUAAUCGGAAUAGAUUUUCUGUAAUAGACAAUAAAGAUAAAAGUGAUACUUCUUUAACAGCCAUUCUUAUGCCAAAUGAUAACAGGCAAACUAUUGAAACGAUUGAGGAAUUACCUCCCACGAUAAUAAAUAAAAUAUUAGAAAACAUGCAUGUACCUGAAUCAUUGAAUAUAGAAUUGUUUAGCGAUAAAUUACAAACAAAUGGUUCUCAAACAAAUGUCGACGAAAAUGUAGUUAUGCAAAAUCAAACAUUACAAACAAUAUUUAGUGAACUAAACAAAAGUGAAAAUAAUGAAAAAAAUGUAUUGGUUCAUUGCGCACGUUGUCACGUUGCACCUGCUUGCUAUGACAAAAUGAAAUUUGUUGUGUUGGUAUUAAAUAAAAGUAGCAAUGAAAAUUUUUUAAGAUGUAACUGUGGAGAAGCUAAUUGUAAAGUAGAUAAAGAAGUUCAAACUACUCAAAAUAUAAAAGUCAACUGUAAUGAGAGUAUUGAUAAAAUAAAAACUAAUAUAUCACCUAUUCGUAAUUUCGACAGUACAGAAACGAAGGAUAUAGUACAUAUAAAUAAUAACAAAAUAACUGAAUAUGUUAAAACAUCGCCUUCAUCGCCAUACGUUAGUAAAAACUGUAAUAAAAACGAAUUCACAAAACGAAAAGUGGUUAUAUCUGAAAGGGAAAAUAGGGAUCCUGUAUUUAUUACUGCAUUACAAGACAUUUCUACAGAAGAAAUACAAGCUGCACAAUCGUUAAUUUUAGAGAAUGAAGUUAAUCAUACAAGACUAACGAAAAGUACAUUAAACAAAUACACCCAAACUGAAUGGUGUAAUAUUAUGCUUGAAGCAAGACGCCAUGAGGAUGGGCACUACACGUUUCACUUACCCCCAUUACAGGUCCUUAGAUACUACAGUUUAUAA